UUCUAUAUUAUUGAUUUAUGUUCACAAUUAGAGGAUGAAUGGAAGCGGUUGUAUAAUGAAAAAACAGAAAUAUUAACAUUGUAUCGUGGACAAAGAAUGUCGAAUGAAGAAUUUGAUAAAUUAAACGCUAGUGCUGGCUGUCUUAUUUCAACAAAUGGAUUUUUCUCAACAACAAGAGAUAUUCAAGUAGCUUUAGGAUUUAUUCAGUCACAUUCAGAAGAACACAAAACAGUUUUAUUCGAAAUUAAAGUUGAUUGUCGUCUUCAAACAGUUGUAUUUGCUGAUAUUGAAGAUUACAGUCAAAUGAAAGGUGAAAACGAGGUUUUGUUUAGUUUAGGAACUGUUUUCAAAAUUGAUAAUGUUAGAUUUGAUUCAGAAUUGUAUUGCUGGAAAAUUCAAAUGACAGCAACAGACGAUGGAUCAGUCAAUAUUCAGGAUUAUAUAAAUGCAAAACGAAAACAAACGGAUGAUUAUAGUCCAACGGUUUUAUUUGGACGUUUGUUAUUGUUGGAAUUAGGUGAAAUGGAUAAAGCUGAGAAAUAUUUUCGAAUGCUUUUGAAAACUUUGCCUGCAGAGCAUGAUGAUCUUGCAGCGGUCUACAAUAAUUUGGGCAAUGUUUUCUAUGCAAAACAUCAAGUGAACUUAGCUUUCAACUAUUUUGCACGGGCGUAUAUGUUACGUCGACAAAGUCUAAAUCCUGAGCAUCCUCAAAUUGCACUAUAUUUAUUUACUAUUGGUGGUAUUUUUCAUCUAAAAGGACAUUAUCAAAAAGCUCUGUAUUGUCUUCAGGAAGCUCUAAAUAUUUUUGAUAAAAAUUAUCAUGAUGAGCGUCAGAUGAAAGCAAUGGUAAUCAAUGAGAUUGGUUUAGUUUAUCGAGAUAAAAAAGAGUAUAAAACUGCAUUAGAAUAUUUCACUCAAGCACUAGACAUGUAUAAACGUCUGUUACCACAAGAACAUCCUGAGAUUGCAUCAUGUUUGGGUAAUAUUGGUUUAGUUUACGAAGAUCUUUUAGAUUAUGAUCAAGCUCUCAUUUAUUAUUAUCGUGCAUUUGAAAUAGAUGAAAACAUUUUACCUUGUACUCAUCCGAAUUUAGUUGAUGAUUUCAAUCGAAUUAUUGAUAUGUAUCGGAAAAAAGGUGAAGAUAACAAUGCUCUAGAAUUUUGUCAAAAAAAGUUAAUCGAGCAACAAAAUAAUCUAUUUGUGGGUCAUAUUCUAAAAAAUAUGGGUGAUGUUACGCAAAAUAUUACCAAAUCGAUUGGUUAUUGUCAACGAGCCUUGGCUAUUUUUGAACAAUCAUUAAAUCCAACUCAUUUGAUAAUCAUUUAUUGUUUAAUUGACAUCAGUCGUUUAUACUGGAAAGAUGACAUGUUUGGUGAUGCAUUAAACUAUCAAUUAAAAGUGUUGGAUAAACAAGAAAAGCUUCUACAUGCACAACAUCCAGAGAUUGUUUUAUCGUUAGAAAAUAUAGGUAGAAUUUAUUACAAUAUGAGAAACUGGCAAGAUGCUGUUAAUUACUUUCAAAAAGCAAUUAAUAUACUUGAAUUAAACAUUAAAACAAAUCGUAACACUAUUAAAGAGAUUCAAAGUCUUAUUGUUCUUACUAAACGACAAAGGGAAAAACAUCAAUAA